ACUUUCUUGCAUUCAGGCAACUCCUCAGCUGAUCCGCUGAUAAGGUGAAAAAUGUAUAAACAACUAAAAAUUUAAAACGCACAGCCAAAAAGUAAUCAUGAAUGCUACAAUUCAUGGAUUAAGCUGGUUUCCACAGUUUCCUGAUAAGUUUGUAACCUGGGGGCAAGAAAUAAAGCUCUACGAGUACACGCAACAUGAUGAUAAUCGAAGAAGUGCAUUACCAAAUAUUUCCUCUAAUUUUUUGGCCACCGAGACGCGUUAUCAAUAUGCGCGCUGUGUGCAACCCUCGUAUCACAAGAGCCGUCCUAUAAUCGCAGUUGGUUUGGGUGAUGGAAAAGUUGGCGUAUGCGAUUUCCACGAAGCUGUCGAUGGGAGCUGGGAGUUCACACCACGUCAACAGCGGAUGUGCCUUUGUCUAGCUUGGAAUGAAUUAGAUCACAACGUGUUGGCCAUAGGGCAUGAUCGACAUCGCUCGGACUCGUGUAUUGCAAUUUGGGAUAUAGAACGUGGCGUGCCAAAGGAUGCGGUCAGUUUCUUCGGUCACUCAGAAUCUGCGCAUUCCUUGUGCUGGGACAAGAAUCAUCGUGUGCUCAUUGCAGGCGUGAGCCAGAAGCAAAUAAAGCUUUUCGAUUUGAAACAGGGCAAUACUACCUGCCAAUCUGUACAAACAAAAAUGGUGCACGGUCUGGCUGUCGCGCCAAACGGCAAUUACCUUUGCUCCUAUUUGGAUUCAGUUAUCAUGUUAUGGGACUUACGUGUGCUCGAUCAUCCACUAAAGACCAUACAAUCGGGCAAAAAUCAUUUGCAACUCAGUUGGUGUCCAACGCGCACCAGCUUACUUACCUCACUUCAGCGUGAGUCGCCCUUCAUCACCCUCUACGAUAUACGCAGCGUAGAUGCGGAGAGCAGUCGUGAGGUAUACCACGUGAAACGUCAGCUACAGCCAUUCCAAUCGAAACACUAUGCCUCAAAUAAGCCACCCACACUCACCUGCCUUUCCUGGCACAAUACGGAGUAUGAACGCGCAUUGCUGCUAUCCGAACAAGGCAAUAUUUUGGAACUACGCUUACCACUUUCCCUAAUUACUACCUAUAGCAAUCACAAAAAAUUGCCACUUCUGCCACAGCGCCCACUGUCUAUAGCAAAUUCGCCAGUACGUCCGCCAAAUAUCAACCAAAUUACUUCAUCUUUCAUAUCUACAUCCACACUGAAUUCGUCGCUUAAUUUUGAGAUACUCGACCAAAGCGUUCCAAAAGAAGAGUUGGUAGAGGAAACCUAUCAGCGCGCAUUGAGCGAUUAUGGUUUGAAGACUGAUAUGUACAUCGAUGGCUUGCCUUUGACACCCUAUUUGAAGAGUGUCUGGCUGACAUUGGGUAAUUUGUAUAGAGAGGAACGCUUGUCGGGCCUUAAAACGGUAUUGGGCAUUAGUCUGGGUCACACAUCGGAGGCGUUGAUGGCCUCGUCGCGCAUUGAGUCACGUGUUAUGCAAUGGCCAGAUUUUAUAAAUUCCAGCAAUUUGGUGUGCUAUAGGAGCGAACAGCGCGAUGUUGCUUUGAAACUCUGUGGCUGGGUAUUUGAGCAGGAUCUGGAGCGUUUUGUAAAUAGUCUCUGUGAUAAUAAGGAAUUCAGUCGCGCUGCCAUGAUUUGUGUUUUCCAUCUGAAAAUCGUCGUUGCUUGCGAUAUACUCUCGAAGGCUGCCGACCUCUCGCGCAAUUCCAAGGACCCACACGAUGCCAGUAUGUUUCGCAUUGCCGCUAUUGCGUUGUCCAGCUUCAAUGCGGAUCGUUGCAAUUCGACUUGGCGCAAUCAGCGCUCGAAUGCGAAUAAACAAAUACAGGAUGCGCAUUUGCGUGCGAUUUUCUCAUUUCUCACCACCGAGAAUGAUAACUUCGAUGCGGUGUUGACCGAGGAAGGCAUCUCGCUCGCCGAUCGCGUUGCUUUCGCCUGCAAAUACUUAUCGGAAAGCAAGCUUUCGGAUUAUGUUAAGCAAUUGAUACAAAAAUCUAUUGAAAGUGGUGACUUAAAUGGCUUGCUGCUGACAGGCGAAUCCUUAGAUGGCAUCAAUAUACUGCAAGCCUACUUGGAUUUGUCUUGUGAUGUGCAAACCGUUGCGUUAAUAGCUAUUAACUAUUUUAAUCGUGAACAUUUCACUGACAAUCGCAUACAAUAUUGGAUCAGCAGUUAUUUGGAUGUCUUAAAUUCAUGGGGCCUUUGGGAAAAACGCGCUGAAUUGGAUAUAAAAAUUGAAAACUUGCGCACUGGCACGCGCACCACACGCAGCGUUUUUCUCUCAUGCAACUUCUGCGGCAAAUCGGUGUCGAAUGCACUGCAGGAGGAUGCGCGCAUGCGCACUGCUUCUUCAAAUGUGAAUAAGCUCUCCUCCUGCCCCAGCUGCCGCAAACCUUUGCCACGUUGUUCUCUCUGCUUGUUGCACAUGGGCACCACUCUGAAUAUUUCGCUGCCCAGCGAUGCAACGCAUGAAAGUCUGGGCUGGCAGUCGAAACCAUUUUCAAAGUGGUUCUCCUGGUGUCAGACUUGUCGUCAUGGCGGCCAUACCGAACAUAUGAUGCAGUGGUUCAAACAAAACUCCGAAUGCCCUGUGAGCUCCUGCACUUGUCGAUGCUUCGAUUUGGACGGCACCAUGCCCAAUGACAUACCCGACUAUUCAUAGCUUUAAUGUUGAAUGAUGAAAGCUUAGACUUAAUUACCACUUGGUAGUGCUAGGCAGACUUUAACUAGUUUUAAAUUUAUACGACAUUAUAAUAAAAAUUCGAAAUAUUUACGCUGGACGCGAAA